GCAAAUAUGUUUUCUUGCAUAAGUGGGAGAGACAGUUUGUCUAAGUUUAAACGAACAUUGCAGCAGAUCCGGGAAAAGGAGUAUUUUAUAUCUGACUUUCUGAGUUGUAAUUGUUUUAUUUUCCUCUCUCUCGGUUUCCCUGGUGAUUGAAGGAGGAAUAAUAAAGCGAGCAGAGAGAGAGAGAGAGAAGGAUGUUGUGUUGGGGAGAGUUGACCUCAGGGAGCGGACAGAAUCCCUGCUCCCAGUCAGAGGAGAUUCUCAAAGGAGAGAGGGUUCAACAUGUUUGCAGCCGGGAAGGAGUCACUGUGUUUGUGUUGGAAAACGGGAAAGUUUAUACCAGAGUCCGCGGAUGGAAGCGAAAAUCAAAACCUGGACAAUUUACUCACUUCAAGGAGCAGAAAAUUGACAUUGCGGAGAGUGGAAUAUCCCACAUCCUCUUCCUUUCUAAAACAGGAAUCGUUUUUCAGAGUGAAGUUAAAUCGAAGGAAACAGCAGCUAAAGUAAAAGAAUUCUCCAUGAUGAAACCACAAGUGCUUAAGAGUUUGAGUGAUACCCACAUCAUUCAGGUGGCUUGUGGAAACAAUCACUCACUGACACUGUCCAAAAAUGGCCAACUCUUUGCCUGGGGACAGAACACUUAUGGCCAACUUGGUCAUGGUACAAAAGAUGUCUCCCAGCACAGUCCUCAGAGUGUGAUAUCCCUCACCGGGAUGCCAGUGGCACAGAUCGCUGCAGGAGGAGAACACAGCUUCGCCCUGUCUCUCUCUGGGACGGUGUUUGGAUGGGGGAGAAAUAAUCAUGGACAGCUAGGACUCAAGGACACAGAGGACAGACUUGAGCCCAACCAUGUGACACUGUUGAAGGGUAAGAGGACCAUCUAUAUCGCCUGUGGAGAAGAACACACUGCUGUCCUGACAAAGGAUGGACUUGUUUACACCUUUGGAGCUGGGAGUUAUGGACAACUUGGACACAACUCCACAAAGGAUGAGAUUAAACCUCAUCUGGUUGGUUACCUGUUUGGAAGUAAAGUUUCUCAGAUAGCAUGUGGAAGCUAUCAUACACUUGUUUUUGUUCCAUCGUGUGGCAAAAUCUACUCUUUUGGUCGUGGAGAGGAAGGGCAAUUGGGAAACAAAGAGACCAGAGAUCAGUUGGUGCCUCUUUCCAUUAACAUAACGGACAUAUUUGCCUAUAAUGGAUAUGAAGAUGGACAUGGAGCAAAACUAGCUGUGAAAAGAAUUUUUGCAGGAGGCCACCAAAGCUUUGCAGAGUGCUGUGAUGAAAUGGAUUUGUUGCCCUGUGUCAAUCAAUCUUUCAAUACUUUGAGGAGAAUCGUGACAGUAGACCAGUUACUGGAGCAAGAAUUGGACAAAAACACAAGAAAGGGAAUUGUUCGGGCAUUUUCUUCAUCUCAAACUCUGUGUGGAAGUUUCCUUGAUGUCAACAAAGAUGGCCAUUUCAAAACAAAUGGGGAAACAUCUGGUCUGAAUCUGUCUGCAGCAUAUCUGGGCUUUGUGAUGUUAGCAAAAAACUCCUCAGUUUUGCAGCAGGUGAAGACUGCAGUCCAGCAUCACCUGAUCCCAUCAUUACCUCGAUCUCCGACCUGUGUGGAAACACUGCGAGUUUACAUUAUAAUACCAGAGCUCAUUGCUGUCCUGGGAGAGUCAAGGGACUCAGCAACGCUGCUCGAAUCUUUAAGCAGAUCCAUUCUCUCACUUGAAGACAGUUAUUUUAAAAUUCUUGAACGUUGGUGGUGUAAGAUGCCUUAUUAUUUCUUCUUGCGCCUUGUGAGGAUGUAUCAGAAAGAAUCACAUCGCCUUCUUCAACUCACAAUGACAGGCGCCUCACAAUGCAAUCCCCAACUACACAAUUCAUUAAAAAUCUUACAAACACUCUACCAGGUAAACUUCUGCAGACAUCACACAAUUCAAGAAAGAAAUUUCUGCAUUCCAGUAAUGAAAGUGAUUAAAGAUUCUUUAACGGCUUUUGCUGCGCAAUGCUUCCCCAAAGCUCCUCGAGCAGUGAUGGAUCCGUUCGUAAAUAAUGCAAUGAGAGGCUGUUAUAUGCCUUUUGAACCAGAAUAUGAACAGUUUAAACAAUAUCUCUCAGUACUCUGCAAGAUCAAAGAAGAAUUAAUUCCAUUUCGCUGCAUCUUUGAUAUGGAAACAAAGCUUAAAUUAUGGAAAAUGGAAUCCCAGAUGCUGCAGAAACAAGCCUUUAUAUCUGAGCCAAUAUUAUCGCUGGAGGUUUCCAGAGAUGCAGUUCUCCGAGAUGUCCUGGACAAUUUAAGGUCCCAAGGAACAGGGGAUCAAUAUGCUGCAUUCCAGGUUGAAUUUACAGGGGAAGACAGUUUUGGUUAUGGGGUGACGCAGGAAUUCUUCACCCUUCUUGGUCGAGAACUACAUAGCAAUGGGCAGAUAUUUCAGCAACACGAAGAAUCGGGGCUGCUUUGGUUUCCCAGCCGGGAACCAGAGAUGGAUGAUGCAUUUUAUCUGCUGGGAAUUCUCUGCCGAUUUGUUGUGUCCAAUGGUUUCAUUUGCAAUUUUCACUUCCCGUUGGCUUUGUACAAAAAGCUGCUUCACGUGCCGCCAACAUUGGACGAUUUGAAGGAACUCUCGCCAACAGAAGGAAAAUCACUCCAGGAUGUCCUUGACUAUGAGUAUGAUGAUAUUGAAGAGACAUUUUAUCUGGAUUUUACAAUUCCCAUAGAAACAGCUGAUGGGAUGACAGCUAGGAAGGAACUCAUACCUAAUGGUAACAACACACCAGUUCAAAAGCAUAAUAGAAAACAGUUUGUUGAUGCCUAUGUGGAUUAUAGGCUUAACACAACUGUAGAGCAAGAAUUUGAAGCCUUUUCACGAGGUUUCAGGAGCCGUUAUUCACUGCCAGUUGUGGACAUAUUCCUACCUGAAGAACUAAGGGAUGUUAUCCAGGGGAACACCAAGUACGAGUGGGAGCUGCUGGAACAGAAUGCAAUUUAUGAUGGAUAUGCACGAACUGAUGCAAUAGUCAGGAAUUUUUGGGAAGUGUUUGAAAACCUGUCUGAGGAUAUGAAGAAACAAUUUCUUGCCUUCCUGACCGGAAGUGACAGAAUCCCAGUGGGAGGGAUUGGUAAUCUCAGAAUUCAGAUUAUUAACAACAGGAGUGAAGAACCAGAUUCCACAUAUCCAUGUGCCUAUACUUGUACUAGGACCCUGGACCUUCCCAACUAUAGCAGCAUCGAAAUACUCAGAGAGAAGUUACUUCAUGCAAUGAAAUUUGGUGAAGAAUUCACGAUAAUAUGGGACUAAUGUUUGCAGCUGGAGGCUAUUUUUAUGUAAUCUGAGAAAUAUUGACUGAGGCCUUUUAUGGACAAAAGUAAAUUGCAUCACAGUGUUUAUUUCAUUCCCAUGAUAGCAAACAUCUUACGGUGUCACAACCUGCUGGUUCACUUCAGGGAAAAGUUAAAGAACCAUCUGUAUUUCUGUGAGUCUGCAGGCAUGUAUAGAUUUCGUAAGAACAGCAGAUAUUAGUGAGUUUGUUGGGUUUUUGUAACAUUUUGGUCGUUUCAUAGUCAUAAAAUCAUGGAAUUUUCCAAUACAGAUGGAAGCCAUUUGGCACAUCAUGUCUGUACUGGCUCCCAAAAGAGCUACCCAGCCAGUCCCAUUCUCCAUCCCUCUAAAUUCUGAAGCCCUCUAAAUUCAUCACUUGUAAAUAUAUAUCAAGCUGUCUUGUGGAAUCUCCUAAGGGGAUCAACCUCCACCGCUCUCCCAAGUGGCGUAUUUCAAAUCAGAACAACUCUCCCCUGAAUAAAGAAAGUUUCUCUUCAUCUCACUCUUAGCUCUCUUACUGACAGUCUUGAAAUUGUGAUACCUAGUUACUGACAUACCAACUAGUAGAAACAGAAUAUCCUUCUCUACCUGUCAAAAUUGUUCAUAGUUUUGAACAUUUCAAUAAGGUCACCUCAAACUUUUCUGCUUCAAGAAGAAUAAGCCCAAUUUCACAAAUUUUUAAUUGUAUCUAAAAUACCUCAUUCCUGGUAUCAUUCUAGUAAAAUUCCUUUUCACUACCUCCUGGGCUUUAACAUCCUUCCAAUAUGUUGCCCAGAAACUGAAUGCACUACCCCAAAUCUGGUCUGACCAAUGACUUGUAUAGGUGUAGCAUCACUUCCUGUUUCAUAAUCUAUGCCUCUAUUUAUAAACCCAAGGAUCCUAUAACCUUUCUUAAAAACUGUUUCAACUUGCCUGGCCACCUCAAGAGAACCAUGCAUGUGAAUUCUAAGGACCUUCUAAUUCUGUACUCCCCUUAAAGUUGUGCCAUUUGAACCUGUAAAGUCCUGUUCCUUCUACCAAAAUGCUUCACCUCACAUUUCUCUGCAUUGAAAUUCAUCUGACAAAUGUCUGUCCCUUAGCAUCAUCCUCACAACUUAUUAUUCUCCCCAUCUUAGUAUCAUCUGCAAAUUUAGAGAUUUUGCCCUCAACACCUAUCGCCAUAUCCUUGACAGAAAUCAGAAAAGUAAGAGGCCCAACACUGAUCUCUGGGGAACACCACUUUCAACUCAUCUCCUGUCUGAGAAAUGCCUAUCUAUCCUUACCCUCUGUUUCCUAUCUUUUUGCUAACUUCUAAUCCAUGCUACCUAGGAUGCAUCAAUCCUAGUUGUCACCAGUAGUAAUACUAGCAUUAGCAAUAGCGCAUAAAUUAAUUAAAUGAAUUUAAUUUCCCCAGAUGCCAUAGUAUGAUUUAUAUUCAUGUGCAACUAAGUUUGUAAACCAGUUGUAACUACUCUUCUUCCACACUUCACAGUCUACAAUGUAUAACAUCUUGUCAUAAGGAAAUGUCCUUAAAAUUAAAUCCUUUCAAAGAAUGGGGGAGAUCACAUGCUUUUAGCAGGGACAGAUUGAAAGAUGCUUUGAAUGUUACUGACAUGACAAGUGUUUAAUCCUAGCUUGAUUUUUGUUUUAAGAAAAAGGACUAUCAUGCCAAUUAGCACAGUAUCUGGAACAAUAUAUAGUUUCUUCAGAUAAAUUUAAGUGGAUCUGUUCUAAUUUCAAAUGCAACCAAGUC